AUGUUAAUCCCCUCAAGAUCAUCGACCCGACUCCGAACCUCUCGUCUCUUCAUCUAUCGGCGAAGGAUGUUUUCGGAGUAUCGAUCGAGAGGCUACGAGGAGGCUAUCGUCGCAUUAAAUUCGCUGCAGUCCAACGCAAGCGUCUUGGCUGCAAUCCAGGCUGCCGGUCCACAGCCCAGUGAACGAGUGUUUGGCCAAACAAAUUACUACCUCCGUCGGUUGGGCUACAAGCCGAAAGAUCUGAAUAUCUUGAAUGCGAUCCAUAUCAGCGGGACCAAGGGGAAAGGAUCGACGGCGGCCUUCUGCUCCUCACUCCUGAAUACCAUCAAUCCUUCCGCCAAGGUCGGCCUGUUUACCUCCCCACAUCUCGUCGCUGUGCGUGAGCGGAUUCGUAUCAAUGGGAAACCGAUCAGUGAAGAGAUGUUUUCAAAAUACUUCUGGGAACUUUGGGAGAGAUUUGAGGAUGGGAAUGGCGAGCCUGCCCGACCAGAUUUACCGAUCCGACCUGCCUACUUCCGAUAUCUGACUUACAUGGCAUAUCACGCCUUCAUAGCCGAACGAGUGGAUGCGACGGUCUUCGAAGUUGGGGUGGGAGGUCUACUGGACCCUACCAACCUGAUCCCCUCGCCGAUCGUGACUGGGGUCAGCUCACUGGGAAUCGAUCACGUCAAUGUCCUCGGCCACUCGAUCGCUGAAAUCGCAGGGCACAAGGGUGGGAUCUUCAAACCCGGUGUACCAGCAUUGACGGUCCAACAACAAUACCCUGAAACAAUUAAUGUGUUAAGGGCAAGAGCUCUUGAGCUUAAGUCUUCCAGUUUCACGAUCAUCCCUCGUCGCCCAGAUCUAGACCAGCUAAAGAUAGGCUUGGCUGGCUCUCAUCAAAAACACAAUGCAUCAUUUGCGAUUGCUCUGGUGAAUACCUUUCUGGGAUCUCCUCGACUGCCACAUAGUUACUUUAAGCAUGCAUCCCCGAUUCGGGACACCACGGCGUCAGACACACCCUCGGAUCUAUUACCGCUACUGCCUUCGGAUCCUUCGCCCACCUUACCGGAGAGUGUUGAUCCUCGGCAGCCCGAGCUUCCUAAGGAUCUCGUCCAGCCGGAACUUUCUGGCUUGUUCAAAGCCGGGAUCACGAACACCCGCUGGCCCGGUCGGUGCCAGACUAUCGUGGACCCCGUCCGGAGUGGCGUGACUUGGUUUCUCGACGGUGCCCAUACGGUCGAUAGUCUCGAGUUGUGUGGGCAAUGGUGGAAUCAACAACUAGAGUCGUCCAGCUCUUCAUCCAGCACUCAUCCCACAUCAAAUCAACCUCGGAGGAUAUUGAUCUUUAAUUGCACAUUUGGCCGAAAGGCCCGUGAUUUACUCGAAGGUUUGAUCAAGCCUUUGUCCCAAAAUCUCCAUAGUGGAUUUUUUGAUCAGGUGAUCAUUACAAGUAACACAACCUACUCUGAUGGGAAGUUCAAGACUCAAGAUACCUUGUCAGAUCCAGACCAACGUAUCCAGCAAGAAAUAGCAGAGGCAUGGACGUCAAUGUCGAAUUCGACCAAAAAUGUUAUGGUUGUGAAUUCUAUCGAACAAGCGGUCGACGAGGUCGCCAGACAAAAUCUAUUGUCUGGUUCCACAUCAGUCCUUGUGACCGGAAGCUUACAUCUCAUUGGUGGACUGCUUGAUGUACUUGGGCUUGAAGAUGCCUUGUAG